CUCGUUUUGUUUCUUCUUCUCUCUUCUUCCUUCUUACAAAGCCAUAAUAAAUUUGCAACCAAACCAUAUCCCUUCCGCGUUUACUUCAGAACUCCCGAGAAGCCUCCACAGAGAUCUGUUCCGCUGUCUUGUUUUAGGGUUUUCCCUUUGACGAGUGCGUCUUGAUUGGAUUCAAGUGUGAUGAAACCAAUCUCCGUAGCAGAGCUGUUCGAUCCUGUGGCUGGUGUUUUGUCUUCCCAAGUUUCAAGCUUUCUUGUCUGAAUCUCAGAUUAGUUCAUCACUUGUUUGGUAACAGCUGUCUUUGGAUAGAGUAACAACCACAAGAUCAAACUUAAAAUAAAAAAUAAAUAAAAACUGUUGUCUAAUUCUUUACAAUGUCUGAACUAAAAGAGCGUCUACUUCCUCCAAGACCUGCUUCAGCUUUAAAUCUCAGAGAUGCUGCUGCGUCUCGCGCUUCUGCUUCUGGAAGAACUUCUCUUCUUGGAGUUGAUGUUUUGGGUCUCAAGAAGCGUGGACAAGGAUUACGUUCUUGGAUUCGUGUUGAUACUUCUGGAAACACUCAGGUCAUGGAGGUUGAUAAGUUCACUAUGAUGCGUAGAUGUGACUUACCAGCUCGUGAUCUACGCCUUCUUGAUCCUUUGUUCGUCUAUCCUUCAACUAUCCUCGGGAGAGAAAAGGCUAUUGUUGUGAACUUGGAGCAGAUACGGUGUAUUAUCACCGCUGAUGAAGUUCUGCUUUUGAAUUCGCUUGACAACUAUGUCCUGAGGUAUGUUGUUGAGUUGCAGCAGAGGCUAAAGACUAGUGGUGUUGGUGAGAUUUGGCAGCAGGAUAAUGGUGGCCAAGUGAGUAGGAGGAGAAGGAGUUUUGACAAUAGUUUUGAGAAUUCGUCUCCUGAUUAUUUGCCUUUUGAGUUUAGAGCUCUUGAGAUUGCCCUUGAAGCUGCUUGUACCUUUCUCGAUUCCCAGGCUUCAGAGUUGGAGAUUGAGGCGUAUCCGUUACUAGAUGAGCUUACAUCAAAGAUCAGUACACUAAACCUGGAACGUGUACGUAGACUUAAGAGCAGACUUGUGGCACUUACAAGAAGAGUGCAAAAGGUUAGGGAUGAGAUUGAGCAGCUGAUGGAUGAUGACGGAGAUAUGGCUGAAAUGUAUCUCACUGAGAAGAAGAAGAGGAUGGAAGGAUCUUUGUAUGGCGACCACCAAUCCUUAAUUGGUUACCGAUCAAACGAUGGUUUAUCUGUUUCUGCACCGGUCUCUCCUGUGUCUUCUCCACCUGAUUCACGUAGUAGACUCGAUAGAAGCGUGAGUAUUGCUAGGAGCAGACAUGACAGUGCAAGGAGUUCAGAAGGCGUGACUGAGAACAUAGAAGAGCUGGAGAUGUUGCUGGAAGCUUACUUUGUCGUCAUUGAUAGUACUCUAAACAAACUGACAUCGUUGAAGGAGUACAUUGAUGAUACUGAAGAUUUUAUUAACAUUCAACUGGAUAAUGUGCGUAAUCAGCUGAUCCAAUUCGAGUUGCUUCUGACGACAGCAACGUUUGUGGUAGCUAUAUUUGGAGUGGUUGCAGGGAUAUUUGGAAUGAACUUUGAGAUAGACUUUUUCAAUCAGCCAGGUGCGUUCAGAUGGGUGCUUAUAAUUACUGGAAUCUGUGGCCUUGUCAUAUUUUCGGCGUUUGUCUGGUUCUUCAAGUAUAGAAGACUCAUGCCUCUAUGAGAGAGAGAGAGGACAUGAUGAAUGUAGACCACCAGCUCUUUUCAUUAUUAUUGUGUUGGUUACAUGACUAAUGAUUUGUUUCCUUUGCACAAUUAAAACAUUUGUCAAUCAAUUCAAAUGUGAUAAAAUCUUUUGUCAUUUAUUUAGAAACGGGUAACC